CCCUGGAACUUACAAAAGUGAAACGCACAGUCCAGGAAAUAGUUAUAAUUUCAAAGAUAUGGAUGGUAGAAACGUUUAAAGUGUUGGCAUAAAUAAAUAUAUCAAUGUGAUUAAAUCUGUUCUCUAAUAUUUUAAAAAUAAUUGGCACAUGAAUCCCACAUGACUGCAUAAUUUAAAAAUUCACGACUGUCGAUGAUCACCAUUGUCAACCCGUGUAAAAAAUCUAAUUAUCAUAAAAAACCACCUCGGGCAGGUUUGUCAUUGGAGUCCUAAGUUUGUCAACACGAGCCAUCUGCUCUUAGAUUUUACAACUUCUGAUACCGCCCCGCGAACUUAGUUAAAUACCCUCAGGUGAAAACACUUCAAAUGACUUCGGAAAGAUUUAUUUGAAAAUGGCGACUCCGAAGAGUAUGAAGUCGUUUCGAUCGUGGAAUUCUGUUGAUUCGGUGGAUCCAAACGAUGUCCGUCGUCUGUAUGAUUCAGACAGUGGUCCCGGCGCCCAGAAGCCCGCGCCUGGGCGAUGUGUCAGCACCUGGACGUUCUCGUUGGUUGUUUUAAUCAUCAGUGUGUUUCUGCUUGUCGGACUAUUUGUGGGAUACUACAUCCGGGAUGGGAAAAAUUACUCCGACUCCAAGACCGUACCCUGCGACUACACAUUUCGGACUGAUGGGUUUAGCCUAGAACGUCUGGGAAUGGUCCAUGAAAAUGUCAUGUAUUUUAUGUCGGGUAGAAGAGUUAUGGACACAGCAGGACAAAUGUCAAUGAACACAAAGAAGUCAGAUGGAACACUGGAUAAAAAGCUGGUUAAUUACAUCUAUCAGCAUUUCAAGAGUUCCGGUUUGGAUAAGGUGGAAACUGUUGAAUAUGAUGUGGAUGUUGUAACCCCUGAUCCAGAUAAUCCUUCAACAAUAACUCUGACAGAAAAUGGACAAGAGAUUUUGACUUUGAAGUAUAUUGGCAUCACAAAUCCAGGUGUGCACAGUAGCCUUAAGCAGACAGAAGAAGAUCCUCCUGUACUAGCCUUCCCAGGCAGUGUAAUGGGAAAUCUUGUGUAUGGCUUUUAUGGAAGAAGACAAGAUUUAUAUCUUGUGAAGUCAGCCAACAUUACACUGAAAGAUAGUGUCCUGCUACUGAAAAUGGGAGAGAUUACCAUAAUGGAAAAGUUAAGGCUGGCCUGUUUGGAAGAAGUGUCUGGAGUAAUAUUAUACCAAGAUCCCUUUGAUGUUCCAGUGUUACAGGAGGAACUUUAUUUCACCUCUUACCAACUCAACAACAAAAGAUUUUGUAUGCCAGUACUAGAAGUGACAUAUACCGAUGCAGACCGUCUUCUGAAAUCUCUUCAUACUGGAGUUGCUGCCCCUGAUGAAUGGAAAUUACCAGCAGGAGGAGGGAAUGGUCACAUUGGGAUAAUUCUGAACAAAACCAUUUCUCCAGUUGUGGUGGAUCUGAGAGUGAAUGUCAUUCAAAAAAAGGAGACCAUUACCAAUGUGAUUGCCAGUAUCUAUGGAGAUAUGGAACCAGAUCGAUUUGUUGUUGUUGGAGCUUCAAGAAAGAAAAUGAUUGCAAGUAACCAGGACUUGCAUCUUGGAACAGCCCAUCUUUUGGAAAUGGCACAGGCUUUCGCCAGUAUCAAGUUUGCAGACAAGUGGGGCCCCAGAAGGGGUAUACGGUUUUGUUCAUGGGGAGGUGGGGCAUUGCAGAGAGGACUAUUAGAAUUCUUAAAGGUAAAUCAGUAUGUUGUCGGAAGGCAGACUAUAGCAUACAUCGACCUUGACCUCUACAAAAAAAGCUCAUCAGCUGAUGACAUGGUUUUUGAAGUUUCCUCUUCUCCAGCCUUGAAUAAACUUAUUCAACAUGUUUUACACCAGGUUCCUCACCCUGAAGACAAACAACUUACUAUUGCAGACUGGCAGUAUGACAAAUCUGGGAAUCGGUUUGAAUUCAAUGGAAGUGGAGUAGUCCGCCAUGUCCUGAAUAGGCUCGGAGUGCCUGUAGUCAGUGUUGGUUACAUGAUCAGUCAGAAUGUUAAUAAUGAAGAAACGUCAGCUCUACUUCAUGAUUUGGUCCACCAUGAUCAGUAUCAUCUAGCAGCCUCCAGAGUUAACUCCCUUGUGGCUCUACAUUUAAUAGAUGACAGUCACCUCCCUCUCAACAUGGUCAAUUACACCAAGUUCAUUCACGAUGUGUUUGCCAGAAGUCUUGUAGAUCUAACUAAUGCACAGGCAAAAGUAGACAUGGGAAAACUGCCCACCUCUAUUGAUGAUUUGACUCGAAUUGGAAAGGCCUUUGAAAAUUAUCUCACUUCUGAAGUCUCCACCCAGAUUCCUCUGGGAACUCGGAGAAUGAAUGACAUUAAGAUGGGAAUGGACAAAAUCAUGGCCUCUCCUGAGGACAUCAAAUAUACAAGUUCACUGUUGUAUGGCGUGUCGCCUGAUGGUAGUUCUAUUCUGAUAAAAGAAGCAAUACGUACUGCAAAAGUGACCAGUGACUGGACAGAAGUGCAGCAUAUAGUCAACAUUGUUAACAGGGCCCUGUUGGGGGUCAUUUCCUAUCUUCAGCUGUCCUGAAAAACAGAGAGCUAUGAAGUAAUGAAAAUACAUGUGCCAAAGAUAAUCUAUCCUCCUGCAGAUCUCAAUCACAAAAAAACAUGCCAUAAUGGUGAAAAUGGCCAGAAGUGAUUGCAAUAUUUUGAAACAUAUUCUUAUCUUAACAAUACAAGAUAUGUGUUACUUGGGAUUGUAUAUUCAUGUAAAAAAUUGUGCAUUAUUUGAUAUGUUCAAUCAUGCUUCUAUUACACUUUGUUUACAAGUGUAUAUCUGUCUACUCCAGUCUAUAAGGGUCAGAAUUUUCUUCCUACUUUCAGUACAUUUUUACAUCUAUGCACAAGAUUUUUUCAAUUGCACAAUCACAUACAUUAUCACUGCAAGCACAUUUUUCUUACAAAUCUGCAUUGUAAAUUUUUCUCAAAAGUACAUGUAGAUCUCCCCCUUCUAUAUGGCUUUGAAACUUUGUACAAUGGUUCAUUGCCAUUUGCAGAUGUGCAUAUUGAUGGGACAGGAGGAUCCAAUUGUUAUCCUUAAAGUUAUAGUGGAUCUGAGGGGUGGAGAGUGUAAAAUAGUUUGUGAACAAUUCUCCAAUGUGGCUUAUUGGAGUUCAUAAUGCCUGUGUUCCUGCUCAUGCUUUCUCCUCCAUACCAUGCAGUACAUUAAGGGGAGGUUUCAUUUGAAGCACUUCCGAUUUGGGGAGCUGGGAAGCAUUCUCUAGUUACACUAAAAUUUGAUGUAAUGGCUCAUUAGAGCACUUCUUAUGAAGUAUGAUUUCACCAUCAAAAGAGUGAUACAAGCUCUCGCAAAAAAGACCCUUAUCUUAUCCAGCAAUGUUUUUCAAAAAACAUCAUAAUGAAAAAACACGAUGUCAUUUUUGCAUACUUGCAAAGAAAAAGGUCAUGAUUGCCAAUCACGAGUUGAUUGUCAUCUUUGAUUUACUGCAAUAUUUUAACAACAAUCAACAUUGCUCUAAUAUUUUGAGGGAUUGUUUUCUAUAGUUCACACUUUAGCACUAAAAUACUUAAGGGCCUUGUUUGCUAGGAAUGGCUCUUAUAUGAUUUUUAGCUCACCUGAGCUGAAAGCUCAAGUUUGCUUUUCUGAUCACCUGUUGUCCGUUGUCUAUCGAUCUGUAAACUUUUUACAUAUUUAACUUCUUCUCCAGAACCACUAGGCCAAUUUCAACCAAACUUGGUGAAAAACAUCCUUAGGUGAAGGGCUUUCAAAUUUGUUCAAAUGAAGGACCAUGCCCCUUCAAAGAGGAGAUAAUAAAAACAAA